AUGAUUUCAGUUGAUGAGAGAGAAGAGCAGGCUUUGCCGAUCGGGAUUUUUGGGCGGAUGUGGAUGGCUUGGUUUUGCUUGGUCGGCUCUAAGCUGCUUCUCGUUAAAUCUUGCUUUCGAUUUCAUAUUGCCAUGGCAUCAACAAAGGCUUCAUCCCGAUUAAACUUCUUAAUGAGAACACGUAUUGUUCUGGCUAUUUCUGCUACUGUUUUAUCUGCUGUUGGUGAAUGCUAUUACAAAGUUACUGCAGAGGCAUUAAGAGUAUGUGGGGAACUUGUUCGAGUUGUGCGCCCAAACAUUGAGGUUUCUGAUUUUGAUUUCAAACCUUAUAUCCAUUCGAUAUAUAUGGCCAUCCUGUCACGAUUGACAAACCAAUAUCAAUACCAGGCUUUUGCAGUCAUAGUUGCAUCUCCACUGCACCUAGACCUUUCAUGUGUCCUAGAACAUGUUAUUGUGGAGUUGGCUGCAUUCUUACACAAGGCUAAUCGAGCAUUAAGGAAAGCAACACUUGGUACCUUGAAUACACUAAUUGUGGCAUAUGGUGAUAAAAUAGGUUCCACUGCUUAUGAAGUUAUCAUUGUGGAACUUUCAACAUUGAUCAGAUUUGCAUAUGGCGGCUCUUGCCCUGGAACUCUGUUGUACCUUGAUGUCAGACAGGAGGUACAGACCCUUUCGGCUUUACAAAACUUUUUUGCUACUUUGGUGUACUCUGCAAACACGAGUUUUGAUGUUUUGUUGGAAUCUCUUCUUUCAACUGCUAAACCAUCACCUCAGUCAGGUGGUAUUGCAAAACAAGCUUUGUUUUCCAUUGCACAAUGUGUUGUUGUACUCUGUCUUGCUGCUGGUGAUCAUAAAUGUUCAUCUACAGUCAAGAUGCUCACAGAGAUCUUGAAAGAUGAUAGCACUUCUAAUUCUUGUAAUCAGAUUGUCAUGCUUAACCUUGUGUUUAUCUUUUUCAGGCCAAACAACACCUUGCCUUGCUAUCAAGUAUUCACCAGGGAAACGGUUGUUGUUGCGGUCAAGUAUUCGAUAGUUGAACGACCAGAGAAGAUCGAUGCGGUCCUCUACCCUGAAAUUUCCUCAUUUCUUAUGCUUAUCAAGGAUCAGGACCGGCAUGUUAGGCUUGCAGCUGUUUUGGCUUUGAGUAUAGCUGGCCACAACAAGCCAAAUCUCAUCAAGGGCCUUCUUCCAGAAGUCUUGCCACUUCUUUAUGAUCAGACAAUUAUUAAGGUCUUGUUGAUGUGCACAGUGUCAAGCAAAGUAGCUUGGGAUGUUGUUAAGGUGGGCAACAAGUUCUUGUAG